UAAUAAACUUCAAGAUUUGUUUUUUCUCUCUUCAGAAUUUUCCAAUACAGAGAGAAAUGGAAUUGUAAAUUUUUGCAGAUCUUGUACUCUGAAUGGAUUGGGGUGGAGAUUGUUCGGUCCAGUUGGGCCCCGACUGGGGCCAGAAGAUCUUGUCACAACCCAAAACGUUUGCGUGUACAAGAAGAAGAGCUUAAUGACCUUGGUAAAGGAGUUAAUAGUCAGUGGUGGAGUCACUGAAAAGUAUCAUUACUACACUGUGAAAGCUGGAGAGAGUAUACGAAAUAUAACAGAAACAAUAAUGAAAAAUGAAGAAGACUUGAAAAGAAGUCAGAACUGCCUUGAUGAUUGUCCUGACUACUACAACUCGUCUUGCGCUAAAAAAAACUUGUGCCAGCUACGCCAUGAGCCCAAAGCCAAGGGUUCCACUACAGUCUGCUUCCACUGGGAGAAAAACAGUUGUUUUGAUCUUCACUGUAAUAACAGACAUAUGAAGGUGGAAGAUUUUUCUGCGAGUGCUUCCAGUUUUACACAAAAUCGUAACCCCAACAUUCAACCUGUUUCCAUUCCACCACUGAAUCUUUCAAAUCCUGUUCCAGUUGUAUCCCACCCAACUGUGCUUGACCAAGACUCAAGGUCACAGCCUUAUAAUACCAUACAGCCACCUGCAGUGCCUUAUCCUAUCGGUUCACCCCAAGUGCUCCAACACCUGGUUCCUCAGCCAACAACAAAGAUUGAUUCAAACAUUCCCAGUGGAAUACCCAUGUUGUAUCCCAGUCCUCCAGUAGCCACAUUGUUGCAGAACAAUCCCACCCCACUCCUUAUGAGUCAAGCGAAUAUCUCCGAUUCACUUACUCAGUUGAACCCGCCAACACAUCCUGUGUCGUACCGACAUCCUACCGUGCCUAAUGUCCGGAGUAACUUUCCCUUUAAACUUCCCGUGCCUAAAAACGAUGUUACAAAAUCGGAUCCCUCCUUGGACUCACAUCCAGUUGAAUCGUUUGCUAUUGAGAAUGUGUCUUGUGUUCUAGAAAACCAACCUGGAGGCUGUUGUAAAAACGAUUGCGGUUUCUCUCACUCAAACAUUUUAGACAUAACUGUGAAUGAAUUUCUUGAAGUUAAGUUAAAGUCAAAUUUAUAAUGAACCGAUUACAAAGAAUACAAUCCAGUUCAGUUAUUGUAAGUUUAGUCAAUUAUAAGAUGUAUUGUUUUUCCUUAAACUCAUUCAAGUUAGAUAAGGAUUAAACCAGUGAUUCAUUUUGUAUUUCCUCCUGAAAAUACAUUACUUUGAGGAGGACCAUUAUAUUAUUCAUAAUUUUUGUAAUGAAUAGAAUAUUCAAUAUUACCAGAAACCAAUAACAGAACUGCUGAUCCAGACAGGAGAAGUGUGCUGGCUCUGUAUCAACCAAGCUGUUAUAGUGUUGACAGCCCCCCUUACAUUGUGCCAUUCCCUCUACCCUGCACUUCCUCAUUCCUAACCCCACUCUCCCCUGAACCACCUUCCCCUUCCCGCCCUAUCUUCACUCUACAGCUUACUUACAGAAUUGAUCCGCUAGAGUGAACUAUAAACGCAAUGUUUUCACCGGCCUCAAAUUUCAACAUACGAUUAGUUCUAUUUUUGGUCUCUGGUAUUACUUGCUUUGACGUGUUCUUUCAUUAUUAUGAAUAGCUUGUAAGUUACUGAUCUCAGAAUUGUAGACUCAUUCAAAUUACCAUCUGAAAGCUUGCUUCACUGAUUAAUAAAUAUUCAGGUUCGGUAGAGACUUUCCAGUAAAUAAAUAAAUAAUUUAUUGUUGUAAAAUUUGUACAAGCUUUGAUAUGGAACAAAAUUAAGCAUAAAGUGUUGUGUCAAUACAUAUAUUCCUAGGUACGUAUUUGUUAACACUGUUUGUUAAAAGUUUUAAGUCUUGCAAUUAAAGACGCUUUACAAAACCAGUCCAGGUAAUCAACUAAACUUAACAAAUUAAUUUCUAAUAAGCUCAAAGUAUUUUUGUUAGAGGGCAGUAUUAAAAGAACGGGCUGAACUAAAAUGUAAAUGAAAGGCAACAUACAGUAUAAGUAAGAAAACAGUAAAUGCAUUAACAAUUCAGGAAAAAUAAUGCAAAUAAAAUAGAGUAAUCAAUAAAAAAACACUGAUGUAAAUAUAAAAAUGUAUGUACAACACACUCAAAAUGUCACAUUUAAAUAUCCACAUUUGUCACAAAAAUCAUGUAGUUUUUAAAUUUCACUGCCUGCCUUUCUUUCUGACCACAUUCUCUGGAUAUUUUCUAAUUAUACGAACAAGUUUAUUAUACACUUUCUAACAGAUAAUAAUAUGGUUUUACUUAAUAUACAAUGUUUUAUAUAGACCUGUGUAUUGUAAUAACAUUAUUUCUAAUGUAACACACCACUGUAUUGCCAGUAAAAAAUUAUUACUUAUGUUUUGUGAUUUCAAGUUUGUUUACAUUAACCGAAAGUUUGGGUUUUUGGAAACUUGUUUAUUUACAGUUAAUUUUAAUUUAUUUUGGUGAUAAUAUGUGAUAAUGUAAAUAUUGUUUUUUUCUCAAUAUUUAUAUUCUCUUUUUGUCUUGUUCUGCCCAAUCCAAUGGAAGAAACUGAUAAUGUCUAUAUGUAUCAUAAUUGAUUUUUAAUGUUGCUAGCGUAGAAUGAGACUUUAUAUUGUAGUAAAGAAAUGUUAUAUUAAAAUUUAAGAAAAUUGUUAAUAAAUUUUGUUUCUUUA